CUUGUUCUGGGGGAGGGCCGGGCCUGGCUGUUCUCCAGGAUAAAUUACUACAAGGCAAGAGAUAACACCAAAUCAAGGUGAUAAUCAGGACAGCCCUUAAAAAGGCCUCCUGUGCUCUAAAGUGGCUGCAGCAAUUCAACUCCAGAGCUGUCUGUCUUGCUGAUAACCAGUUGCCAUGUGGGAGCUCUUGGUUCUCUUGCUGCUCGCUCUGACUUACAUCCUUUGGCCCAAGGCAAAGUACCCUGGUGCCAAGUACCCCAAGAGCCUCCCCUCCCUGCCCUUAGUGGGCAGCCUGCCGUUCCUCCCCAGACAUGGCCAUCAGCCUGCGAACUUCUUCAAGCUGCAGGAAAAAUACGGCCCCAUCUAUUCCUUUCGUGUGGGUUCCAAGACUACAGUGAUUGUCGGCCACUACCAGCUGGCUAAGGAGGUGCUCAUCAAGAAGGGCAAGGAAUUCUCUGGGCGGCCCCAAGUGAUGACUCUAGAUCUCCUGUCAGACAACAUGAAGGGCAUCGCCUUUGCUGACCAUGGUGCCUCCUGGCAGCUGCAUCGGAAGCUGGUACAGGCCACCUUUGCCCUGUUCAGGGAUGGCAAUCGGAAGUUAGAAGACCUCAUAAAUCAGGAAGCCACUUUACUUUGUGAUUUCCUGGCCACCCAGAAUGGACAGCCCAUAGAUUUGUCCGGGCCUGUCUUUGCGGCGGUGGCCAACAUCAUUUGCUUGAUCUGCUUCAACUCCUCCUACAAGUAUGGGGAUCCUGUGCUGAAGACCAUGCAGAGUUACAAUUGUGGCAUCCUGGAUUCUCUGAGCAACGACAAUGUGGUAGACAUAUUCCCCUCACUGAAGAUUUUCCCCAACAAAAGCCUGGAAAAAUUGAAGAGUUGUGUCAAAACACGAAAUGAAUUGCUAUGCAAAAUCCUUGGAAAAUGCAAGGAGAAGUUCAGCAGCAACUCUAUCACUAACAUGGUGGACAUACUGAUCCAAGCCCAGAUGAACUCAAAUGGUAAGAACACUGGCCCCGACCAGGAUUCAGCGAUUCUCUCAGAUAAACACGUUCUCAUCACAGUCGCGGACAUCUUCGGGGCCGGCGUGGAGACUACCACCUCUGUAGUGAAGUGGGUUGUGGCCUUCCUGCUGCACUAUCCUCAGAUGAAGAAGAAAAUCCAGGAUGAGAUUGACCAGAAUGUAGGUUUUAGCCGCAUACCAACUAUCAGUGACCGGAACCACCUCCUCCUGCUGGAGGCCACCAUCCGGGAGGUGCUUCGCAUGAGGCCUGUGGCCCCUACGCUCAUCCCACACAAGGCUGUUGUUGAUACCAGCAUCGGCGAGUUUGCCAUCGACAAAGGCACAAAUGUUAUUGUCAAUCUGUGGGCCUUGCACAACAGUGAGAAGGAGUGGCACCAGCCUGACCAGUUCAUGCCCGAGCGCUUCCUGGACCCCAUGGGCAGCCAGCUCAUCUCACCAACGUUCAGCUACUUGCCCUUCGGAGCAGGGCCCCGCUCCUGCAUAGGUGAGAUCCUGGCCCGCCAGGAGAUCUUCCUCUUCAUGGCCUGGUUGCUGCAGAGGUUCAACCUGGAAGUCCCGGAUGAUGGGCAGCUGCCCUCCCUGGAGGGUAAACCCAGUGUGAUCUUUCGGAUUGAUCCUUUCAAAGUGAAGUUCAAGGAGCGCCAGGCCUGGAGGGAUGCCCAUGCUGAGUAGAGCACCUAGUGGCCGACCAACACCCCCUGACUCCACUCUGUGUGGCCCCACAGCACAGAAUUAGAGGUGCUGCUCCAUCCUUCCCUGCCAUUCCUCCCUCAUCCUGACCCACUCUGCCUUCUUUUCUAGCCUGCAGCCCUAGCGGUGGUGUACAUAAAUUUGUUUUUCUUCACAAGGUC